AGGCAAGAAAAAACGGAAUACAACAAUGUGAUUUAUCCCAAAGAGCCGAGCUGUACGCAAGAGCUCCAUCAACAAAGUGAAGGAGAUUUUCAGCAAUGGCACGGAGGGAGUUGUGGAAAGCAGUGAUUGCAGUGGGCUGGGCUUGCAUCGCCCUGCACUUCCCCUUCACCAUUGCUCAAAACAAUAUUAAUUGGGAGGUACAGCGGUAUGAUGGAUGGUACAAUAAUCUCGCAUUUCAUAAUCGUGGAUCAGCAGGUUGCCCUCUUAUGCGCUUAAUGCCGGCUAGAUAUGGUGACGGGGUUUAUCAAGCGGUGCAGGAACCAGAUGUACCAAACGCAAGAGACAUUAGCAAUAUAAUAUCAAAUGGAUCAUCUGGAUUACCAUCUCUGCGGAACACUACAGUGUUGAGUGUUUUCUUUGGAUAUCAUGUAAUGUUUGAGAUUGUGGAUGACAGGAAACCUGGGUGCCCUCCUGAGUUCUUUGAUGUUCCGAUUCCUCCUGGUGAUCCAAUAUUUGAUCCUAAUCGAAAUGGCAAUGUGAGACUUUUAUUUCAACGAAGUGCAUGGGAUAGAAACUCAGGGCGCAGUCCAAACAACCCAAGGAUACAGAUGAAUCAGGUAACCGCAUGGAUCGAUGGAAGCUCUAUUUAUGGGUCUUCCCACUCAUGGUGCGACGAAUUGCGAAGCUUCUCUGAUGGGAAGCUGGCCUCUGGUUCCAAGCCAUUACUGCCCAAGCCAAGUACAGGGAAGUUGCCCAUGUGGAACCACCCUGACCCAUCAACCGGUGACACUGGGCUGCAAGGAUUUUAUGAUUUCGGAAAUACAAGGGCGAACGAAAAUCCUUUCAUUAUGGCUGUGAACAUUAUCUGGUUCCGGUACCACAAUCACUUGGCUGCGAAGCUGAAAGAAAAGCAGCCCACCUGGUCAGAUGAAGAUUUGUUCCAGAAUGCCAGGAAGAGGGUGAUUGCAACAUUACAGAACAUUGCAUUAUACGAGUGGUUGCCCGCAUACCUGGGAACAAAUGUAUCUAAUUAUAAUGGAUACAAGAAGUUUGUGGACCCUGGCAUCUCACCAGGGUUUCAGGCUGCGGCAAUGAGGUUUGGUGCUACAAUGGUUCCACCAGGAGUCUACAUGAGGAACAAGACAUGUUCAUUCCGAAACAACAUGGGUCCCAACAAAAGUAAAACUCUAGCACUUAGGGUAUGCAACAACUACUGGAAGAGACAGAAGCCAGAACUACCAUCAGAAGCUGUUAUUGAUGAACUUAUAUUUGGUAUGGCAUCCCAGAUAGCUGAGAAAGAAGACAACAUUGUAGUGGAAGACCUUAGAGAUUACCUCUAUGGACCUUUGAAAUUUUCUCGAUCUGACUUGGUCGCUCUCACCAUCCAGCACGGACGGGAUAAUGGACUUCCAACAUUUAACGCCAUGAGACAAGCUUUUCAACUUCCUCCAGUGAAAAAUUGGAGUGAAAUUAACCCUUCACUUGCUGCUGAACACCCCGAGAUCUUUGAGUCAUUGCAACGGCAAUAUGGAAAAAACCCCGACAAACUAGAGACAUGGCCUGGAGGAUUACUAGAGACCAACGGUGCACCUGGAGAGCUCUUCACUAAGAUUACGAUCGACCAGUUUGAGCGGAUACGAGACGGAGACCGAUUCUGGUUCGAGAACCCGCAGAAUGGAUUGUUCACAACCGAGGAAAUCCAACAAAUUCGAAACACUAAAUUUUUUGAUGUUCUGGCAGUGACUUUGAAUACAACAACAGAUGAAAUUCAGCAAAACGUGUUCUUCUGGAAUACUGGAGAUCCGUGCCAGCAGCCAAAGCAGUUGACUGUAGCUGAUUUCGAACCUUGUACUAAGGCCAUAAGUCUGAAUUAUUUUGAAGGCAGUGGAGCUCCCUUUGGCAUAAUCAUUGUGAUACUCUGUUGUUUACCACUAGUAUGCCUGAUCCCUGCAUUUAUUGUAGCCCUCUACCGCAAAAGAAAGUUUAAGAAAGUACAAAGGAGGAGUAGGGCCGACUCGAUUGGAAAAAAUGUUGAAAUGGGAGAAGGAAUAAGUGUCUGUGAGUGGCAAGGCCCGACAGAGCCACUUCGCCCCGUCCAUCUACGUCUUGAUGCUAACAAAAGCAUCAAGGUUCUUGACAACAAACAACACCUGAUCCGAAUCAUCAAUCUGAACGAAGAAAUGGAGCUUGCCAAGUCCAACAACAAUGAUCAGAGAGUGCUGCUUAUCAAAGUCCCCAAAGAGUAUGAUCUGGUAAUGUUCUUUGACACCGAAGAGGAUUGUACUGAUUUCAUCGAAACUCUGCAAAACUUUCUGGAGGAGAGUGGAUUUGUUCUGAGAAUGGUGGAAAUGGCUGAGAAAACCAUCUUAAAAGAAGCGAUCACAAAAUUACAUCGAAGCCAGGUUUUGGAUACUUUCUUCCGACACGUAUUUGCACAGAUUCUGGAGAUUGACAAGUUAGAUGCCGGAGACUUUGACAUGGAAACUUCCAGGAAGGCAAAGGAGUCUUUGAACUGUGAGCUGACUCGUGCAGAGUUUGCGGAAGCAUUGAGCUUAAAGGAAGAUUCCACGUUUGUGGAACAGAUGUUCUUACUUGCAGACAAAGACGGGAAUGGUUAUCUGUCUUUCCGGGAAUUCAUGGAUAUUUUUAUCAUAUUCAUGAAAGGAUCCCCUGAAGAGAAGUCCAAGCUUAUGUUUAGGAUGUAUGAUGUGGAUGGCAAUGGAGUCCUAUCAAAAGAGGAGUUUUCAAUAUUACUAAGAUCCUUCAUCGAAAUCUCGAAUAACUGCUUGUCAAAAAUGCAGGCCGAGGAGAUCAUGGAUUCCUUGUACAGAGAAGCGGGUUUCCAGGAUAAACCAGACUUAACCUGGGAGGAUUUCCAUUAUCUGUUCCGGGAUCAUGUCAGUGCACUGAAGUUUGCUCAGCUCAAUGUGAAAGGUGUGGAUGUCCCGAACACAGAAAAAUCCAACAGGCAUCAUAGAGUAUCUUUCCUCAAAGGAAAACCAAACAAAGAGAUGCAAGACCCAGAUGUGGAACGGGAUGGGCUGGAGCUCCGAAACCGAGACCGAGGGAACAAGAAGUCCGCUAACCAGCGCCCUAGACCCUACACAGAGGCAAAGCGUGAAAAGUACAACAGAAGUAAAGUACACCAAAAGGUUCAGCAGUUCAAACGCUUCAUUGAGAACUAUCGUCGACAUAUUGUGUGUGUUUUGAUCUUUUACGGGAUUGCAGCUGGUUUGUUUGUGGAGAGAGCGUACCACUAUGCUAUCAACGCAGAGGAAUCUGGUAUCCCUCAGAAUACAUAUGUUGGAAUCAUCAUAUCCCGAGGAUCUGCAGCGUGUGUCUCAUUCAUGUACUCCUACAUCCUGCUCACAAUGUGUCGCAACCUUAUCACUUUCCUACGCGAGACCUUCCUCAACUAUUACAUCCCCUUUGAUGCUGCUGUGGAUUUCCAUCGCUUGGUUGCAAUGUCUGCAGUUGUACUAGCAAUUUUCCACAGUGCUGGCCAUGGUGUCAAUGUCUACACGUUCUGUGUCAGUUCGCUCAGCAACCUUGCCUGCAUGUUCCCCAGUGUUUUUAUCGAUGAUGGGUCUGAACUUCCCCAGAAAUUUUAUUGGUGGUUCUUUCAGACCAUUCCAGGAAUGACUGGAGUCCUCCUCCUUAUCGUGCUGGCCAUUAUCUACGUUUUUGCCUCCCGACACUUCCGCCGAAUUAGUUUCCGUGCUUUCUGGGUGACUCACCACCUCUAUGUGGUCCUCUAUAUCCUGGUACUUGUGCACGGAAGUUCAAAUUUAAUCCAGAGACAAAGUUUCUACUUGUACUUCAUCGUGCCCGCUCUGAUCUACUUGGUAGAUAAGCUCAUCAGCCUCAGCAGAAAGAAGAAAGAGGUUUCAGUGGUCAACGCUGAGCUCCAGCCUUCAGGUGUCACUUACCUCGAAUUUAAACGCCCCCAAGAUUUUGAGUACAAGUCUGGUCAGUGGGUGCGUAUCGCAUGUCUAGCAUUGGGAACAGAUGAGUAUCAUCCCUUCACCCUCACAUCUGCCCCGCACGAGGACAGCCUCAGCCUUCACAUCCGAGCAGUCGGGCCGUGGACAACGCAGUUAAGAGAAACAUACUCACCAGAGCAUCUCAGCAAGCUGGGCAUUAUUCCUAAGAUCUAUCUGGACGGACCCUUUGGUGAAGGGCAUCAGGAAUGGAACCAGUUUGAGGUGUCUGUUCUAGUUGGGGGAGGGAUAGGAGUGACACCUUUUGCAUCUAUCCUCAAAGAUCUCGUAUUCAAAUCAACAAUCAACAGCAAGAUAACCUGCAAAAAGGUAUACUUUAUCUGGGUGACUCGGACGCAGCGGCAGUUUGAGUGGAUGGCCGACAUCAUCCGCGAAGUUGAAGAGAACGACAAAAAUGACUUGGUUUCUGUUCACAUCUACAUCACCCAGUUGGCAGAGAAAUUUGACUUGAGAACUACCAUGUUGUACAUCUGUGAGCGUCACUUUCAAAAGGUAUCGAACAAAAGUCUGUUCACUGGACUUCGAUCCAUCACACACUUCGGGCGACCCCAGUUUGUCCCCUUUUUUAAUUCACUACAGGAGGUCCAUCCAGAGGUCGGUAAGAUUGGGGUUUUCAGCUGUGGACCACCAGGACUGACAAAGAAUGUGGAGAAAGCCUGUCAACAAAUCAACAAGCGAGACCAGGCUCACUUCAUCCACCACUAUGAGAACUUCUGAGCUAUUCCAGAACUAAUCAGAUGCUUUACGCCAGUUGUUACCCAGUCUAUACAGAUCCGAUUCUUUGUACAAAGUGCACUAUAUUGGUUAAAUCAUAACUAGAAGCUCUGAAACAUAAUUUUCCAUGUAACAUUUCUCUUCUAUUCUCCCACCUUCUUACUUAUUGUUCUAUUACUCCAGUAUGUUGUCUUUAUUGAUAUUAAUCCUUGCAUUUGAUGUUACAUCUUUUAAUGUUGGGAGGACGUUUCAAAGUGCUUCACAAGCUUUAUCUGUAAUGUGUGACCGUAUUUUUGUAGGCGAGUAUGGCAGCCAGCUCAAAAACAGUAAGGUCCCACAAACAGCCAUGAAGUGAAUGAUUAAUUUAUAUAUGGGGGAUUGUGUGGAACUAACGUACUCUUGUUGACAUUAAUAUAUAAAUAGAGCUUUUUGAUGGCAAGGAAGUGAAAGGGAAGUGGUGUUCAGUCAGAUAAAUAAUCUUGGGCACAAGGACACAAUAUAGUCUAUAUUAGAUGCCAAAAGAUUGUUUGUUAGAAUAGUAAUAGGAAGACUUGUGUCAUCUUGUAAAAGGGUAAGAUUUCCACAGAAAGAUGUUUGGAAAUUUGAUUUGUUUGAUUGUUUGGAGAGAGUGAGACAUUGUUGCUUGUAUUGAGCCUAAAUUAAUCAACGUGUUGAAAAGAAUGAGAUUGGAAAUCCUGAGAGUGUAUAUAAACCACUGCCAAGUUUACAUUACAGGAUGCUUCAAUGGACAAUAGUCCUAAAUUGCUAGAGGCACCGUGUCUCUGUAAUGUAAAAGGAUCAAAUUUCGUGGGACACUACAGUUCCUGAGGUGCUGGGGAAGGAGGGAUGCUGUAUUGAGGGAUAUCGGGCUAGUACUGAAUUGUAGAAUGGUGGACAUCAGGAUGGGUGAAUACCUUGACGUUCCAUAUUAUAACCUUUGGAAUUUGGAAAGUAAUUCUAUAGAACGUUCCCUCAGAAGCUUAAGUGGAUGGGAUAGAGUCCACAAUAAUAAUAAUAAUAAUCCUUGCAUUUGAUAUAGCGCUUUUCACGUCGGGAGGACGUCCCAAAGCGCUUCACAGAAUAUACUGUAAAGUGAAUUGACUGUAUAUUUGUGGGCGAACGCGGCAGCCAAUUGUGCACAGCAAUGUCCCACAAACAGUCAUAGAUUGAAAAUGACCAAUUUAUUAUUGUUUUUGGUUUUGGAGGGAUUAUUAUUAGGCUCUGUGUGGAGUAAGGAAACUUGCCCAAGGUUUCGCCCUCUGCCUGGAAUUGAACUCAGGUCUCUCAAUUGCAAAACGAGUGCUCUAAUCACUGAGCUACAGGACUCCACAAUGGGGUUGUAUGUGGAAGGAGCAGAGUUGGCUUUUUCUCAUUCGCCAUAAAAUGUUUCUACAUUGUCCUCAAUGCCCCCACACAAACUGAUGUGUUUGAGAGGUUCAUCGUGCACAGAUCUCUAAAUUCCUUUCAUAACUUACAUGAAGAAUCAUGUGAAGAUUAUGAUUUUGAGGUGAUCAGUGAACGCAAAUCAGUGUAAUUCACAUCAUAGGUGUCUGCUAAUUCUUUCCUUGUAGAUUUACAUCCUUUUUUUUCCCCCCACAAACCUUUCAAUAUCAGCGCACAGUUCUACCAAUGUCAGCCUACAAAUUAUGAAAUUGCAAAUUACAAAUUAUGGUAAAAAUUGAUAUUUGGUUUUUUUUGAGCAAACAUUUAUGUUCACAAUUGUUCUCUUUGUAAUUUUCAAACUGAUGAAAUGUGGAUGCUAAAAAAUAAAACAAGUGGAUAAUCAGCCCUCA